GUCAAGUUGAUGUUCCAGGGAAUGACAGUAUAUCGUCUGGCUAGAUUUUGAAUAUUUUUCUGACACAGUUUUUAAUCUCUGAAUCGAGAAUGGUAAAAUGAUGCAGGGUAAAAAGAAGAAGAAGCGGGUGCACCGCAGUUUAAUGUUGGCAAAGAAAAUAAUCAUUAAGGAUGGCGGAAGGCCACAAGGAUUUGGUGCACCCAGUGUUUACCAUGCAGUAAUUAUUAUUUUCUUGGAAUUCUUUGCUUGGGGCCUUUUGACAGCUCCUACACUAGUGGUCUUACAUGAAACCUUUCCAAAGCAUACUUUUCUGAUGAACGGUUUAAUACAAGGAGUAAAGGGUUUGCUGUCAUUCCUGAGUGCUCCUUUGAUAGGUGCUCUCUCUGAUGUCUGGGGACGAAAAUCCUUCCUACUUCUCACAGUGUUUUUCACCUGUGCACCAAUUCCACUUAUGAAAAUCAGUCCGUGGUGGUAUUUUGCAGUUAUUUCUGUGUCUGGAGUAUUUGCUGUGACCUUUUCUGUGGUGUUCGCUUAUGUAGCGGAUAUAACUCAGGAACACGAAAGGAGCCUUGCCUAUGGCCUGGUUUCAGCAACGUUUGCUGCAAGUUUGGUGACAAGCCCUGCUAUUGGAGCUUACCUCUGUAAAUUUUAUGGGGAUAAUCUGGUGGUGGUGAUGGCCACAGCUGUAGCACUUUUGGAUAUCUUUUUCAUCUUGGUUGUUGUACCUGAAUCACUGCCAGAGAAGAUGAGGCCAGCAUCAUGGGGUGCUCCUAUAUCCUGGGAACAAGCUGAUCCAUUUGCUUCAUUAAAGAAGGUUGGCCAGGAUGCAACAGUACUGCUUAUAUGCAUAACAGUUUUUCUCUCCUACCUCCCUGAGGCAGGCCAGUACUCCAGCUUCUUUCUGUACCUCAGACAGAUAAUGAAGUUUUCACCUGAGAGUGUGACAGCUUUUAUAGCUGUCCUCGGGAUCCUCUCAAUAAUUGCACAAACUGUAGUCCUAAGUUUACUAAUGAGAUCAAUUGGAAAUAAAAACACUAUAUUACUGGGUUUGGGAUUCCAAAUACUUCAGCUGGCAUGGUAUGGCUUUGGCUCGGAAUCUUGGAUGGUAUGGGCUGCAGGAGCCAUAGCAGCAAUGUCAAGUAUUACCUUCCCAGCAAUUAGCGCUUUGGUUUCAAGAUCCGCUGAUAUGGAUCAACAAGGUGUGGUUCAAGGUAUGAUAACAGGAAUCCGUGGAUUGUGCAAUGGUUUGGGCCCAGCUCUCUAUGGCUUUAUAUUUUAUAUAUUCCAUGUGGAAUUAGAUGAGCUGCAAGUCAGCGAUAGAAGACCAGAUGACAGUGCAGUCUCUCAGCACCAUUCUGCACAGAGCUCAAUAAUUCCUGGACCACCGUUCUUAUUUGGUGCUUGCUCCGUAUUGUUGGCUCUUCUUGUUGCCUUAUUCAUUCCAGAACAUACAAGCUUGUCUUUACGAUCCAGUAGCUGGAAAAAACACUCCAGUGGUCAUGGUCAUCAGCACAGCCCACAGACUGCAGGAGAGGCUAAAGAACCACUACUUCAAGACUCAGGUGUAUAAUGAAAAUAGUGCACUGCUAAACUUGAUACAAGACAGUCACUGUGCCUUUGUUUACAGCUCAUAAGAGCAGCGCUUUUUUAACUGGUUUGUGAAUCUUGCAUCUUAAUAUCGGCAUGAAUUAUACCACAUCUUCAUAAAACACACAAAAUCUACAGUAAGAAAAUGGAAGAUUUUAUCCAAAGACAGUGGUAAAUUGGAAGCUCAUCCAAAGACAUUGCAGUCUACAUAUGUAUAAAUAUUGUUGUUUGUAAUGCUUUGAGGCAGUACACCAUGGUAAUUUUUGUGCUUAAAAUUUACUUCAUGUUGCUUGCAAACAUUGUUUUUAAUGAUAUAAUUUAUCAAGUUCCUUAUAAAGUUUAUUGACAGGGAUGCACUAGUGUUGUGUGGGACUCUUAAAAGCUGAUUGCCUUAAGAUAAAAUUAGGCUUAGUGUUUGUGUCUGGCAGUAACCAAUUUUUAGAUUGUAUUAUAUAACCAUUUUGAUGUGUAUGUAUGUAUAUCCUACCGUCAUAAAUGGAUGUAUGUUCACCUAGAAGGAAUAUGCAGGAAUGAAUUAUUAUUGAUAUAGCUGGGCUGAAAGACCAGCAUUUAAGAUGAAGAUUUCUACAUGUGACUCAGCACAGUGAUACAACAGUUAGUAUUUCUGCCUCAUAGCAGUUGGUUCUGUGUUUUACUUCUUGAAUGGGAUUCUCUCUUUGCAUUGUCUGGGUUUGCUCCCUUUGUCUGCAUGGGUAUUUAUCAGUGUCUUUAAUUUCAUCAAACACCCUAAAUUGCUAGCAAUUGCGUGUGUGCGCGUGUGCAUGCGCAUGUCUUGUGAUGAACUGAUUUCCUGUUUAGGAUUAGUUCUCUGACUUAUUCCUGUUGAUCGCUAAGUUAGGCUGUGGCCUUGGCUCUCCCUUAGCCUUGAAUAGAGCAAAGCAGACAUUAGAAAAUGAACAAAUGUCUGCAUGUACUGUAGAAGUUUAAAUUGAACACUGAUGUAGGAGAAGAGUUAAGGUUUUGCAGGCCUUAAUACAAAAGCACUUUGGUUUAAGAAAAAAAUGUGGUGUGGUGGUAGUACUAGAAAAAAACAAUACUUGCAUAGGUACAAGUAGAAAUUGAAGUCAGGAUGUAGAACUAGGACAAUAUCCUUUUUAUUAGUAAAAGUGUGUUUAUAAUACUUUUUUACAUGUGCAAGUAAAAUAUCAAGGACUUGUUUCUCUCAGUCUAUGCUUUUUGAUUGUAGUAGAUUUCUAGAUAUCAUGGGUUAUAGGUAAGAAACUAAUAUCGAAAGAUGGGAACUGUCGGGCAUUGCAGUGGGUCUGCCCUUGAAGAUGUUUAUGACCUGGUCAAAAGCUGAACCAGUAACAAUAAUUCUUUCAUAAUGUAGUGAUGUGGUAUAAGUUUUUGUUGAGCCCUGUUAAGUGUUAACAUUUUUGAGCAUUAGCUUGAUUUGGCAUGAUUAGCCUUUUUUCCCAUUGAUGAGCAGUCAUGUCUACCCUAAGUCAGUGUCUUGAUGAUGGAGGCUGCCUAGAGUACCAAGGAUAAAUAUUUCCUGUAGUAUGAUGCCUGCGAGAAAAAGGGAAAUAGUGUUAUAGCCCAGCAAUCCAAUUUUCCUGCAGCAGUAAGUAGUGACAGCAAAAGAACUUGACAAAAAUAUGCUGCUACACCUUUGUGAAUCAGAUUGCCAGCCAUCCUUCCACACUCCUCUGGCCCUUACCUCUCAAGCUCUUUGCUCAAGAUUUCUGGACAAAGAUUCAGAGUCAAUGAUAAGUGUUAAAUAUAACUAAUUCACUUAAAAAGGUAACAGAACAAUAGGUUCUUCAUCAACAUGCAUUUUCUGAACAAGAAUUCCCAUGUAUGACAGUACUGACUGACUGUAAUACUCAUUGAUUUGCCAGAAAGUGAAAAAAAAAUGUUGCGUGAGAGAGAGGGCAAAAAAUAUGAGACAAAAUAAGGCAUUUUGCAAACUUCUGGUCAAUUUUCAGAUAUGCUGUAUGUACUGAGGAUACUUAGAGAUUCAACUGCAAUGAAUUUGCUGCUUGUAAGAAGUAGGUGUGAAAAGGAUAAAUGGUGACAGAAGAGUUGAGAUGUUUUUGAUUAAACAAAUAGGACUUAGUUGAAAUUAAGUCACUCUUUACUCUAGCUUCAUUUGCUGUUUCUUUUUAAAGAGGAGCAUUCACUAGACUCCAGGUACUUCUGUGAAAUGUUUUCUGUUUUUGUACUCAGUGUCCUGUCUGACUGAGUUAAUCCAUAAGCUUCUGAGGCACUUUUACCGUAGCAUCCUUUUCCAUAGUAAUUAGGCAGACGAGGUAUAUAUUUGGUGUUUGUGAGGGUGUGAUCCUGUAUUAAGCUAAGCGUAUCACAAGCCUUUUCUGCACGUGGCUGAAGGAUAUCUUUGUAGUUGUCGCUAUGUCCUGGAAAUUUGAUGGUUUGCUGCUCUUCCCUCCCUAACUCACAAAAAAGAAAGUUACUAAGUUGCAUAUUCCUUUGUUUUAUUGUACUCCUCCAAACUAAACACAGUCCAGAACCAGGUCUUUGGCAUCUUAGAUGUGUGUUCUGCACUUAUGCUAGCUGCCUGUCUGUGAGUUUUAUUGUUAUAAAUGUUAAUAUUAAAGUUACAGUUCUGCUAGAUGUUCAUUUUUUAAAUUAUUGUAAAAGUCUCUUGGCCUUGAGUACAGUAUUAGUUUUUUAGGUAAAACAAUAUUGUCAUGUGUGUACACUGAGUAAUUGCCAUCUGUGCAAAACUUAACUUGUGUAUCUGUUUCUGUGUGGCAAGUUGUUUUGCCAGGUAUUGUUUUCCUAGUACAAAAGCUGUAUUUUGUGACUGCAUUUGCAUUAAAGUCUAACAUGGCAAUUUAUUGAGGUAUUGUCUAAGGUCAUAAAAUACAGUAACUCAAGCAAGAUGUAUUUUGUAAGGAUAGUUUGGUAUGUGAUAUGAGAGUUGCAUUGAGUUUAUGGUAGCUGGUUUCCAGAUGUAGUGACCCAUCUGUACUAUCACCUGAAAAUCUAGAGCUUUUACUGUUGGUCAGGAGCCAAAAUGACUUAACAAGGGGUGGAACAAGACCAGUCAUACUGCUGUCUGCUGGGAUAGUUUCAUUUGUGAUGUUUGGAAGCAUAGAUGUAGUCUUGUCAGCAUAACUCAUACAUAAUCUUGCAGAGGAGCAGAAUGUACACCACUACUAGUCCAUAUUAUGUUGCACUACUGCUGGGCUUAGGCCCAAAGUUGAAGUUACUUUUCAUCUGCUGGUGACCUAUAUUUGCUGAAAACUUGUGUUUCUGUGUACUUUGGGCAGACUAGUACUACAUAUUUGUGUAGUUACGUUUUUUUUUAGUCAUUCUUUAGCAAGUGUAGGUAAGCAGAAUUCUGCCCAGAUUUAGUAUACUUGCAGAUGUUCUUCGUGUUUCCCUAAAUGUAAUGACUGCAACAGUGAAUACACUCGAACAUCUACAUUUGUGGUAAGUGUACACAACUGUACUUUUUAUAUCCUGUGUCAACUGGCACUGUGGAGUGCAUCUUAAUUGCUUAACUUCCUUUGCAUAUCCUUGUGUUUUGCUGAAAAAAUGUGAUGAUACGGUUUGAUUUCAUUUUUAUGACUCUUGUACAUUGCAUAGAAUUUGAUUAUAGCCGUGGUGGUACAGCGGUAGCAUUGUUACCUCACAGCAAGAGGUUCUUCCGUUCGAUUCUCGGCUUGG